AUGUUAAUGGAAUAUAUUUGAUGUAUUUCACCUUUAUUUACUAAUUUAUUUAUUGACGAUCAAUAUUUUGUUCAACAUCAGAAAUUGACUUAAAUAAGAUGCAAUAAUAAUAUAUUAUUGUAUUAAACAAAAACAAAAUAACAUUUAUGACAUAAGCGACCUCGGCUUAGCUUUAACCAUGUUUAAUGUCGGAACGCGUCUCCAUACAAAUAAACAACACCGAGACUAACCCAACUGUUUGUAUGUUUGUACAAUAACAAAUCAUAAACUCAUUAUGGCAAGUGGAGAAUCUAGCCAGUCUUCCCGAGUACCCCCACCAAGACCUACCCCGCCAGCUAAACUACUAUAUAAGAGGUUUCAGAAGCUCUUUAAAACAUCACUGCAACUUGCCAAUGAAGGAAUUGUAUUUGAUGAGAUUGGAAAAGCUAAUGAUGCUAUUAAUAUGUACACAAUGUGCCUUGAGCACAUCAAGUUCAGUCUCGACGUUGAACUUGACGAUCAAUACCUAUCAACGGAUGAACAAACAUCUUACCGAGACAUGCUUCACAAAUUGACCAAGACAAAGAUGCAAGUUGAAUCACGCCUUGAUAUGCUGAACGUUGUGAAUAAUACUACAACCGACAGUAAUUCAAAUGUAAUGAGUCCACCUUCCUAUGAAGAGGUCAUGUCCGGAUCUUUUGUUGGUGCUCAAGAUGGAGCAACUGCUUCUAGAAACACUCACUGUGCCAACCGCCGUGUCUCACAGAAUGCCACGCGGAUAUUUUUCAUAGCAGAAGGAGUACAGCUGCUCUAUAUAACUCCGGAAGGUUAUGUCACAGCUCCUUCCUAUCCUACUGCCCUCAACAUAUUUCGCAUGGAUGAAGAAGACACCAGUGAAACUGCCAAUACCACACCACCCGCUUUCUUACAGGUCGGAGAAUGGCUCUACCCACUCUUACCUGGAAUUUCCCCGGUCUUACAUGCUUCAUAUGGAGCGUAUAUAUUCCCAGACAUGCUUGCACCAAGAGAUGGCUGUUCAGUUGGUCUUAUAUUACCAAAAUCAUUGUCUCCGGAGGAAAAAAAGGAAUUUGAAGACUUACUUUCAACCCUCACACACCUUGAACGACAGCCCCGUGCUGAAAGACCUCGAGUUUUGGACCUUGGGGAAAAGAGUAUUAGUCAGGAAGAGGAAGAAAAGACCAGUACUAAAGUCGCCAAGGGUAUAGAAAAAGUUGCUGAACUCAUUGCCUGGGGUCUUGGUAAAGGAGCAGAACAUGGUACAGCGCUUCUUAAGAAAGGGUCUGAACAAAUUAUUUCUCACAUAAGUCCAGCUCAGCGCAAAGCUGUUGAUCCAACUGCUCAAAAAAGUGCUGAAUAUUUAAGAUAUGCAACGCAUUCUGCUGUGAGAGUGAGUGGCUAUGCCUUGAGCAAACUUGGUGAUGCCACAAUGGCUUUUGGUCGUAUUCUUGCACCACACUUGAAAGAACAAGGGAAAAAGAUUUUACCGAAAUCUAUUAAAAACAGCUCAGAGGCAGCUUCUAAUUUUGAUGCUGCUAUUGAAAUUGCUUCAAGUGGUAUAAAAGGUUUUAGCACUGUCUACGUAGGCUUAGAGGCUGCAGCUAAAUUCCUUGCCAGAGGCCUUGCUAAUGAGACUGUCCACAUUGUAAAUCACAAGUAUGGAACUGAUAUGGCAAAAACAACAGAGGACACGUUAUAUUCAGUUGGCAACGUUGCUAUGACAACUAAUAAUGUAACUAACUUUGGUGCGAAAGCCCUUGCCAAAAGAGUGGUGAAGGAUGCUGGUAAAGCUGUCAUCAUAGAACACAGUGAAAAAUCUAUGAGCAAUCCAGGGUCAGACACUGAUAGUGAUGCUAAGUCACCAUCCCAUGAGAUAACCAAAAAGUAACCACUUCAGUAGCGCUUGUUUAGAAUAUUCAAUUGUUUUAAUAAGUUUUGAAAGAGAGAGAGAGAGUGAGAACUGUAUAUAAC